ACUGAACGACUCUCACAUUUGUUGUGCAUUUCGUAAUAAUUGAAAACAAUUUAGAGUUUAUCGUCAGUUUUGGCACAAGAAGUAAAUCAAGUGAUCAAUUGGUGAAGACAUCGACUCAUCUCAAGAUGACUCACUUCAAGGAACACAUCCCUAAUCUAAUUGACAGACAAUUGUUAGUCUGGUAUAAGAAGUAUCCGUCAAAGGAUGCCAUUCCUCCUUCAGUUAAUGAAACAAUGAUGAAGAAAGUCCACAAUAAGGCUAGAGUUCACGGAUCACUCUUAAUGAUGGCAAUGGCUAUCGUCGGCUUCAUUGGCACCUCAUUUAUGGCUAAGAGAGCCAUCAAAAGAGGAGAAUCUAUUGAAAAAAUCAAUGAAGACUUCCACAAAAAUUAUAGACAAAAAUAACAAAUAUUUACAAAAUGUUUACAAAUUAUUGCUUAGAUUUUAUUGUCAACUCAUUUGACAUUAAUUUUAUAGUAAAACAAAAAUCUAUUUAUUACUCAAACCAUUCAAUUGUUAAAACAAU